CAUCGUGUAAAAAUCCCGUGGUGUUCGUCAAGCCGAUAAAACCUAAACCAUUUCCGAGGCAAAAGGUUGCCAAUAAUGACUGUGAGCAAGUCAACGUAAGGCAGAGAAAGGGAAGGCCUUGUCUUGAGCGCUUUUCGCUUCUCUUGCUUGCACAGCCAGUGUGAUGUCAGCGGUGGCAGUAUUGGUGUAAUUGACUCAGUUGGGGUGAUGGCGUCAUUUUAUGCCCUGCUGUAGCCUCCUGCCUCAAUAGCGAAGGGGAGACGGAGCUUUAGCCGACGCGACCGUGGCUCCCUUGGCCCGGAUCGAGCACCGCCGAGCCGGACACCUCACCACGGGAAACAUGGAGGCUGCGGCCGAGGAGCUGCUGGCCGGCUCUCGGCUACCUGUCACUAUCGAUCAAAUAGUUAACGAUACGCUGUUGGUGACGCUGACCUACCGAGAAAGGAGCUACACGGGCAUAUUACUUGACUGCAACAAGAAGACCGGGCUCUUCUGUUUGCCAGAUUUUGGAACAACACCAGUGGACUUCCCUGGAUCUAAAACAACGUGUGAAAUACCAGAGGUUCUGAGUGAGGAGCAAGAUUCCAUAGCUCCCAGCCAGGCAUCACAAAGACCAAAGGAUGAAAAUACUCUGCCUGAAAGCAGUAUAGCUGCUGCGCCUCCACUUUGCCCAGUUCCCACACCAGUGCCAGCUGGGCAGACGCCAUACCCUCCUUAUUUUGAAGGAGCCCCCUUCCCCCAGCCUUUAUGGGUGCGCCACAGCUACAACCAAUGGGUACCACAGCCCCCUCCCCGACCCAUAAAGAGGAAGAAGAGACGGACACGAGAGCCUGGCCGCAUGACGAUGAGUACCAUACGUCUGCGGCCUCGGCAGGUACUUUGCGAAAAAUGCAAAAACACCUUGAAUAGUGAUGAGGACAGCAAAGAUGGCUUGAUGGCAAAGAACUCCAGAAAAGAAAAUACACUACACAGUGACAACGAUGGAGAUGACAAAGACACACCGAAUAAGCUCUCAAAGAAAAAUGAUGUAGUCGCAGCCAAGGACAAUAAGAGACGGGAAAAUGGCACCAGCAUUGACAGCAAACGUCUCAGGAAGGACAAAAGGAGUGAAUCUGAAGGGGAGAAAUUCCCAGGAGGCGACGUUAUUCCCCACAGUCCAGUCAUAAAGAUUUCGUACAGCACUCCACAGGGCAAGGGAGAGGUCAUGAAGAUCCCUUCGAGAGUCCACGGUUCAGUAAAACCAUUCUGUCCCAAGCAGCUAGCGCAUAAUGGCUUGGGAGAGAACGGCAAGCUGCCUUCCACUCCUACUAAGGAGCAAAGACACAUUUUAGACGCUCGACGGUCUGGUCUCACUGUAUCCAUUCCCAAACUCAAACUAACAAGGCCGUUCACAACCGUGUGUCAGGAUUUACCAUCUCCAAAUAUCCGCCUGAGACACCCACAGAGGGAACGUGACGAGGGCAUGGUCGAGUAUGAAGCUGAACUUGUGGGAGAUGCCAGAAGACGAAGUCCACGGGCGCCAGGACCCUGCCUCACCCACUCUGAGGACUCAGGGGAAGGCAAGAACUCUCUAGAGUUGUGGUCAGGGAGUUCUGGAGAGGAAGCGGAGCGUGGCCACAAUGACCUAACACUUCUCAUCAAUUUCCGUAAACGAAAAGCAGAUUCAUCCAGCCUGUCAGUUUGCAGCAGCGACAGCCUAGACGAGUCCAAGUCCUUCAGUUCUGAUGGUACCUCACCAGAGCUCUGUGAUUUAGCACCUGGCGAAGACCUCUCUGUCACCUCAUCUUCAUUACCUUCACGGGAUGAUUGCAAGACAGUGCCCCCGCUCACUGUGCGUCUACACACUCGCAGCAUGACAAAAUGUGUGACCGAAGAAGGUCACGCUGUGGCGGUGGGAGACAUUGUAUGGGGAAAAAUCCAUGGCUUCCCCUGGUGGCCGGCACGCGUCCUCAGCAUCAGCGGCACCCGAAAAGAGGAGACUCCCACAUGCGAGGCCCAGUGGCCCCAGGCAAAAGUGGCAUGGUUUGGUUCCCCUACCACAUCUCAGCUCUCUGUUGCCAAACUUUCACCGUUCAGAGAGCUCUUCAGGUCCCGUUUCAACCGCAAAAAGAAAGGGAUGUACCGGAGAGCCAUCUUGGAGGCAGCCAAGGCUGUUGGACACAUGAGCCCAGAGAUUACAUCACUACUUUCUCACUGCGACACAUAGGAAGCUGGGCGCUGAAGGGAGAUCUCGUGAAUUCUCAGACCCUGUCAUCAAGACCCAGGAGGGAGUAUGUGCGGUUGCCUCGGCGACUAUUUAUAUGCUGUUGCCCCCACUCCCCUUCUUUCGUUUCUUUUUAACAAGGCUGUUGUAAAAUUGCAGCCAAGGUGGAGGAUAGUUUAGGAUGUGGGAGCAAACGUAAAGGGCCAUGCGCUGCAUGGUCUGCUGGGACUAUUCCUGUUUUGUUUCUGGGGGCGGGGGGUUUGUACCUCCAAUCAUAUUUCGAUAGAACCCAACAGCGAGCGACAUAACAAGAACCAGAAUGUAUUUAUUGCUAUAUUUUCACAAUCCGUCUUUCUAUCUGGAAAAACAUCCCAGUGUGCUGCUGGCAUGACUCACUGCGAGCGCCGCCGCCCACCGUUUCUACAAGGACAUUUAACGGAAGGGUUCAAAAAGUCUUACGCUUUUUUUUUCCUCUUUUUUAAAAAAUAAUCUCACAUCUCCAAAAUGUGAACAGCUCCAUCCAGUGACAGUAGUAACUGUUCCUACUCUCAAGUGACCAGUGUUCCAUCCGACAUUACUUGGAUUAAUGCAUGUUUAUACUGAUCGUCAUCCAUUGUACGUCACCCUUACAUUUCACUUUCAACUUUAGAUGUGUCAACCCCCUCCUUUUUCGUGACAAUGUUUUCCAUCACUUGUAAUUAUUUAAAGCAUUAAGAAAAAAAGCACUUUAUCUGUACCUUGGUGGCCUGCUGUAAGCUCACUGUCUGAAACACUAUUGUGAGAAACAGCCCUGAUAGGCAGCAGGGGCGUUACAAAAAUAUUUGUGGUUGACUAUCCAUGGCCUUGGAGAUAGGGAAAAAAAUAUUUUAAUUUUAGUCUUGUCUACAUUUCCCCCCCUUUUUUGGAUGGUUGUGUACACUGUAUUGUCCGCUCAUCGACCACACACUACAAAAAUCCCACGUGACAUUUCCACUGGACAGACAUGGGUCAAAUAUGUGUCGACACUCCCUAUGCAGUAUCACUUAAAGCUUUAUCAUUGACUUUCGGAAAAAUAACAUGCUGUAAGAAUACUGUGAAUUCAACUUCUUGUAGUGUUGAAAGCAGCACUGUUUGAAUAAGGGAGGGGGGCAGAGUAAAGCUGAAACGGCUGCUGUUAAGCACAGUAAAAAAAAAACUGCACACGCCUUCUAAUAUCCGCCUGGCUCCAAAAGCUUAGCUAUGAUCAGCAGAAAAAUGGCUCAUUGAUUGCCAACGAGGGAAGUAUUUUUUUUAUUUUUAUUUUUAAUGGGAGCAGACGACCACCAUUGUGAUAAUGCUCUCUGCGUUGACUGCCAUCAAGCCCGGCUAGUUUUCCUGGCAGCCUUACACAAGAUUCUAAAUGUAUGUAUGUAUGAGAGAGGAAAUGUGUCCCAUGUAUGUGCAACAUGGCUAUCAACUGUUGCCCAUAUUGGUCAAUGUUCUUGGCUACUUUUUUCCCCCCUUUUUUUUUUUUACAUGUACAGUGCAUAAAAUAAAAUAUACAAGCAAUAUAUCAGGGUGUUGUGGACAGCUGUGUCUAUAUUUGGUGUUACUAAAAACGUGUGUUUUUGUUGAUUUUUUUUGUGUGUUUAACACAAACACACAAAUGUCAUUUUUCUGUUAAACUGCCUGCUGACGUUUGAGCAAAAUGUAUUCAAGAUCGUUGCUAUAUUUUUCGGCUUGAAGAUGGUUUAAAGGUAAACCGGUCUGGCAAUUUUGUCCUGUGCCAACUUGAAUGCUCAAAGGUUAAAAAUAACUCCCAAGGUUUGAGCAAAAUGACACCUAUUAUUUAUUUUAAAUCAGGGUUUAUCUUGACCAGCGUUUCCCAAAGAAUGGUGCAUGGUUUAAUACAUUUCAAUUGGAGACGGCUUUGUGUGUUCCUAAAUGUGUUUUUGAUGUAUUUAUUGUAUUGAUGCAGAAUAGAAAUAUUUAGAAAUCCUUAAAUUAUUUUGGAUUGAAGUUUGGCCUUGAACAUCUUGCGCAAUCCGAAUUUUACCUUGUGUUGUAAUUUAGAGCUAGGACGUUUGAUGAAAAAUCCUACCGUGCUGAACCUAACCCCUCACUCAUAAAUAUGACUAAAUAUAUUACGGGUAAUGUAUUACCUAUUAUGAUGAAAAUGUGAUGCGUUCAAGAAAAAACAAGGGUAAAUUCAUAAUCACUGUCAAAAAAAUGAUCUAGAAAAGUUUUUCAUCUCUGAUUCAAAAACAUGGUUGACCUGUGUCAUUUCUAAGAUCAAUAACCUGUGGCUUAGCCACUGUCAACUCAAGUGUCGAAGUAAAGCUGAAAUGAAUGAUGAAAAGCUGCCACAGUGAAAAGCGGGGCUUAUUCAAAGGAGCGCCAGCUUUUUCAGGAAAAUGUUACACUGCUCACAAAUGACAAAGGCAGUUUUUUUUCUUUACAUGUUUGUGUUUCUGUCACUUAUUUUCAAGGCAUUACAUUUUCAUAGCAAAAUGAAAAAUUCCUAAAAAUUAUAGUCCUGGGCUAAACAAGCAAAAAAAGUCGGGAACCAUUGAUCGAAACAUAGACGUCCUCUUUUGGGUUACUUUCGGAUUCUAAAAACUCCAGACUGUUGUUGAAACUACUACACUGGUGUGAAUUAUUGCUAUUGUCACAAAGCAUUCACUUAAAUCUAUUU